UAUUUUGAUGCAAAUUCAGCCAUUUCAUGCACUUGGCGAUGCACCCGAGAUGACAACGCGUUUAUUUUAUUUAUUUGAAAUAGUUACAGCUAAUACUGUGCACUCUUUUUUACACACUUUGAGGUGUACGAAGGACAGGUACGACCAAAAUAGUUAUUUUAUUAUAUUUUUAAUGCACUUUUUGAUGUACUUUUUAAAAUUUUUCCUCACCUGCUGCUUACUGGCCGGGCUUAAUUACUUGGUUUGAAAAUGUGGCUCAACUGAGUUUGUAAUUGAGUAGUCCUGAUUAAGCAUUAAUAAGCUACUUUAAAAGACUUGUCAUUUUUGCAGAGUGGAAAUUAUAAUUUGCUUUACUCUGCUCCUGUAUAAAAUGUGUGAUUUUUAAUCAGGCAUUGCUAUGAACAGCUAUGGUGAAGUGUAAGGCAGCAGAGAGGAGAGGUGACAGUGGAGAGAAGGAGUCCAGCAGCAGCAGCUAAACUGCUGCUUAUGUCUGGGUUAAUGUUUAGUGUGUUUAGUGUGGUGACAUGGCCCCGGGGCUGCAGGAGUCUGUCCCGGCUGAGCAGUCUGCUACUGUCGCCGCACUCCAGGAGCUACUCGUCGAAAAUGUCAUCAGACUCCCACUGGCUCUCGCCUGCAGACCGGGACGAGCAGGUGAUGGAACUCAGGGCCACUGGUUGGAUGGAGGUGGACGACCGUGAUGCCAUCUUCAAAGAGCUUCACUUUAAAAACUUCAAUCAGGCCUUUGGCUUCAUGUCUCGUGUGGCUCUGCUGGCAGAGAAGAUGAACCAUCACCCGGAAUGGUUCAAUGUUUAUAACAAGGUCCAGGUAACGUUGACAACACAUGAUUGCGGCGGGCUGUCGAAGCGUGACGUCAAGAUGGCCAAGUUUAUUGACAAAAUCUCCCUCUCGAUGUGAUUAUUUUCCUCUUUAAUGUGAUUUUUUUUUCCAAUUAAAGCUGUAAAAAAUA